UAUAAUAUUGAUCACAAUAAUUUAAAUAAUUUAAAAGACAAUUAUUUAAAUAAUUUAAAAAAUAAUUAUUUAAAUAAUUUAAAAAGUAAUUAUUUAAAUAAUUUAAAAGAUGAUUAUUUAAAUAAUUUAAAAGACAAUUAUUUAAAUAAUUUAAAAAGCAAUUAUUUUUAG